CCACACAUCGCCUGUGUCUCUCUCUCUCUCUAUCAAGAAUCAACAAAACAACACAUUACGCCAUCAUCAUUUGGAACCAGGAACAGAGAGAGAAGGCGGCGAGAGAGAGAGAGAGAGAGAGCGAGCGAGCACUCCCCAUUUGAUAUAGAGAGAGAGAGAGAAACGGGAGCGGAGGGAGAACUCAAUCGACACAAUCCCAAUGAAGCAUCCACAACUUCACCACCACCACCACCACCACCACCACUGCGAGGCCGUUUCCUCUUCCUCCUCUACCUCCUCUCCUUCCGUGCCCGACCAUUCUUCAGCUGCCACGCUGUCCUCUGACAAGCCCCCCUCCUCUGCCGCCAUCGACGACGCCGCCCUCCCCUGCCGCGAUGGCGCCUCCCAGGAGGCCGUGGCCAUCGAGCGCCGAGGCGACUACUCCGCCGUGUGCCGCUGGACCGUCCAGAAUUUCCCCAAGGUCAAGGCUAGGGUACUGUGGAGCAAGUACGUCGAGGUCGGGGGAUUCGAUUGUCGCCUCCUGAUUUACCCUAAGGGUGAUUCCCAAGCCCUCCCGGGCUACAUCUCUGUCUACCUCCAAAUCAUGGACCCCCGCGGCGCCUCCGCCACCAAAUGGGAAUGCUUCGCCAGCUACCGCCUGUCAAUCGUCAACGUCCUCGACGAUUCCAAGACGAUCCACCGCGAUUCUUGGCACCGGUUUUCCGUCAAAAAGAGAUCUCACGGUUGGUGCGAUUUCACUCCCGCCUCUACGAUUUUGGACCCCAAACUAGGCUACCUGUUCAAUAACGACUCGCUCCUGAUCACCGCCGAUAUCCUAGUGCUGAACGAAUCUGUUAGUUUUUCCCGAGACAGUAAUAAUAAUAACAAUAGCAGCUAUAGCAAUAGCAAUAACGGCGAGUCCCAGUCUGGGGCAAGCGGGUCGUCCUCGGCAGUUGUAGUCCCGAUGACUGAUGUUUCGAGCGGGAAGUUCACCUGGAAAGUUCAUAAUUUUAGCUUGUUCAAGGAAAUGAUCAAGACGCAGAAGAUAAUGAGCCCGGUGUUUCCUGCUGGGGAGUGUAAUCUGAGGAUUAGUGUGUACCAGAGCUCAGUGAGUGGGGUCGACCACCUCUCAAUGUGCUUGGAAAGCAAGGACACAGAGAAGGCCGUGCUAUCUGAUAGAAGUUGUUGGUGUUUGUUUCGAAUGUCUGUUCUGAACCAAAAGCCUGGGUCCAAUCAUAUGCAUAGGGAUUCAUAUGGGCGUUUUGCGGCUGAUAACAAGAGUGGGGAUAAUACUAGUUUGGGUUGGAACGACUACAUGAAGAUGGCGGACUUCACGGGACCUGAGUCUGGGUUUUUGGUGGAUGAUACGGUGGUGUUUAGUACAUCCUUUCAUGUCAUUAAGGAGUUCAGCAGCUUUUCAAAGAAUGGGGGUUUGAUUGCAGGAGUAAGGAAUGGAGCGAGGAAGUCUGAUGGGCACAUGGGGAAGUUCACGUGGAAGAUUGAGAAUUUUACAAGGUUGAAGGAUAUUUUGAAGAAGAGGAAGAUCACGGGUUUGUGCAUCAAAAGUAGGAGAUUCCAGAUUGGCAAUCGGGAUUGUCGUCUCAUUGUUUAUCCCCGAGGGCAGUCUCAGCCACCUUGCCACCUGUCAGUUUUCCUUGAGGUAACAGAUUCACGGAAUAAUUCGAGUGACUGGAGUUGUUUUGUGAGUCAUCGACUAUCAGUUGUAAACCAGAGAAUGGAGGACAAGUCUGUCACGAAAGAAUCUCAGAAUCGCUACUCCAAAGCUGCAAAGGAUUGGGGGUGGCGUGAAUUUGUGACACUCACGAGCCUCUUUGACCAAGAUUCAGGAUUUAUUGUUCAAGACACUGUCAUUUUUACAGCUGAGGUUCUUAUUUUGAGAGAGACAUCGAUCUCUCAAGACUUCACUGAACAUGAAGGCGAGUCGACGAGUUCUGGUUCCCGCACAGAGAGGACUGGGAAAAGAAGCUCAUUCACCUGGAAGGUGGAGAACUUUUUGUCCUUCAAGGAAAUAAUGGAAACCCGAAAAAUCUUCAGCAAAUUCUUUCAAGCUGGUGGAUGCGAGCUUCGAAUCGGCGUUUAUGAAUCUUUUGACACUAUAUGUAUAUACUUGGAGAGUGAUCAAUCUGCUGGUAGUGAUCCAGAUAAAAAUUUCUGGGUCAGGUACAGGAUAGCUAUUGCAAACCAGAAAAAUCCAGCCAAAACUAUUUGGAAGGAGUCUUCUAUAUGCACAAAGACAUGGAACAACUCUGUUCUGCAAUUCAUGAAGGUCUCAGAUAUGCUGGAGGCAGAUGCAGGGUUUCUUGUCCGUGAUACUGUUGUCUUUGUUUGUGAGAUUUUGGAUUGCUGUCCUUGGUUUGAGUUUUCAGAUCUAGAGGUCCUGGCCUUUGAUGAAGAUCAGGAUACCUUAACUACUGAUCCUGAUGAGCUGAUUGAUUCAGAAGACAGUGAAGGACUCAGUGGUGAUGAAGAAGAUAUCUUCAGAAACCUUCUUUCAAGAGCAGGAUUUCAUCUCACAUAUGGAGACAAUCCAUCUCAACCUCAAGUUACCUUAAGGGAGAAGCUGUUAAUGGAUGCCGGUGCAAUUGCUGGUUUUCUGACUGGCCUUCGUGUAUAUCUCGAUGACCCAGCUAAAGUAAAGCGAUUGCUUCUUCCAGCUAAGUUUUCAGGGAGCGCUGAUGGAAGGAAGGGUACAAAAGCAGAUGGGUCUUCCCCCAGUCUGAUGAAUUUGUUGAUGAGCGUUAAAGUUUUGCAGCAGGCAAUCAUAGAUUUGCUUUUGGAUAUAAUGGUGGAAUGUUGCCAACCUUCAGAAAGUUGUGAUGGUGAAUCCUCGAAUCCUAACUCAAAGAUUUUUCAAGAUGGUGGCGAGACCAGUCAACCUGAGUCAGAUAUGGAUGACACGGCAGCAGAGUCGACUCAGUUUAUGGUCGAUGAGAGAGUUGAUUCUGAUUUUGAUGAGAGUAGCAAUGCAUCUGGUAUACGGGGCUCAGAUGUUAAUGGUGUAGAUGCCCCAGAAAAAGCUCUUUGUGGAGAUCCUAUUGGUCCAGCCGAAACUCCUUCAGGGUGUUCUGAAAAUCAUAGCUUUCGCUCCAAGACUAAAUGGCCAGAGCAGUCGGAGGAACUUUUAGGAUUAAUUGUUAACUCGCUUCGAGCUCUAGAUGGAGCAGUUCCACAAGGCUGUCCAGAACCAAGAAGAAGGCCUCAAUCUGCCCAAAAAAUUGCUCUUGUAUUGGAUAAAGCUCCUAAACAUCUACGUCGUGACUUGGUAACUUUGGUGCCAAAAUUGGUGGAGCAUGCAGAACAUCCAUUGGCUGCCCAUGUUCUUCUUCAACGAAUUCAGAAGCCAGAUGCAGAGCCUUCACUAAGGACACCGGUUUUUGGUGCCUUAAGUCAACUGGAAUGUGGAAGUGAGGUAUGGGAACAUAUUCUGCACCAGUCUAUAGAGCUUUUGAGAGACUCAAAUGAUGAACCUCUUGCAGCUACCAUAGAUUUCAUAUUUAAGGCUGCAUCCCAGUGCCAACAUCUUCCUGAAGCAGUUAGGUCAGUUCGUGCCCGAUUAAAAGAUUUGGGAGCCGAAGUUUCUACCUGCGUCCUUGAUUUUUUAAGUAAGACUGUGAAUAGUUGGGGGGACGUUGCUGAAACUAUACUCAGAGAUAUUGAUUCUGAUGAAGAUAUCUGUAACACUUGGCCGACACUGCCUUAUGGACUCUUCUUGUUUGGAGAUAAUAAUGGCACAGGUGGUGGCCGGUUGCAUGUGGGGAAUGAUCAGGCCUUCUGCAAUUCUCGUUACUUUUCAGACAUUUACAUUUUGAUUGAAAUGUUGUCUAUACCUUGCCUCGCUGUUGAAGCUUCACAAACAUUUGAGAGAGCAGUAGCUAGGGGAGCACUCAUGGCUCAAUCAGUUGCCAUGGUCUUAGAAAGACGUCUUACUCAUAGGAUAAACGUCAAUGCCCGGAUUAUUGGCGAGUACAUUCAGCUUAUGGAAGCUGAGGUGGAAGCUUGUGAGCAAUUUAGAGCUCAACGAGAUGAUUUCACUACAAUUCUUGGUCUUGCCGAGACACUGGCCCUUUCUAAAGAUCCUUGUGUGAUAGGGUUUGUUAAGGUGUUGUACACUAUACUCUUUAAAUGGUUUCCCGAUGAAUCGUAUCGAGGAAGGAUUUUGAAGAGACUUGUUGAUCGCGCCAGUACUACUUCUGACGGUACUCAUGAAGCAGAAGUGGAUGUGGACAUUUUGGUCAUUUUGGUGAUGGAGGAGCAAGAGUAUAUUAGACCAGUUUUGGGUAUGGUAAGGGAGGUUGCUGAACUUGCAAAUGCAGAUAGGGCAGCUCUGUGGCACCAAUUAUGCACCAGUGAAGAGGAAAUCAUUCGCCUUCAUGAUGAACGGAAAGCUGAAAUUUCCAGUUUGGUGAAGGAAAAAGCUGCUGUGUCACAAAAAUUGAGUGAAGCUGAGGCUACAAACAACCGCUUGAAGUCUGAGAUGAAGGCUGAGAUGGAUCGUUUUGCCCAAGAGAAGAAGCAACUUUAUGACCAAGUUCAAGAAGUUGAGAGCCAACUUGAAUGGCUUCGGUCGGAGCGUGAUGAGGAAAUUAUGAAGCUCAAUUCAGAGAAGAAGGCUCUUCAAGAUCGUGUUCAUGAUGUGGAGACACAAAUUUCUCAGCUGAAGUCUCGCAAGCGCGAUGAAUUGAAGAAAGUAAUGAAGGAAAAAAAUGCUCUUGCUGAAAGGCUGAAAAGUGCCGAAGCUGCAAGAAAGAGAUUUGAUGAAGAACUGAAACGAUAUGCUACGGAGAAAGUGACGAGGGAGGAGAUUCGGCAGUCACUCGAGGAUGAAGUGAGACGGUUGACACAAACAGUCGGGCAGACUGAAGGUGAAAAGCGGGAAAAAGAAGAGCAGGUUGCUCGUUGUGAAGCCUACAUUGAUGGGAUGGAAUCAAAAUUGCAGGCUUGCCAGCAAUACAUUCAAUCUCUCGAGGCUUCCCUCCAGGAAGAAAUGUCACGGCACGCUCCACUGUAUGGGGUGGGCCUGGAGGCCCUAUCGUUGAAGGAGUUGGAGACAAUCUCGCGAAUCCACGAGGAUGGGCUGAGGCAGAUACAUGCCCUUCAGCAGCGCAAGGGCAGCCCGCUUGUGACGCAGGCCCACAAUCUGCCUCACAAUCAAGGGCUCUUUCCCACCGCCCCAGGCCCGCCUCCUAUGGCCGUAGGGCUGCCUCCGGUGCUGCUGCCUAAUGGGGUGGGGAUGCACGGGAACGGGCACGUCAAUGGUGGUAUCAGCACGUGGUUCAAUCAUGCGACCUGAGAUAUGGUCUACUACGAUUUGAUGCAGCGGUAAGGUUUGUUUCUCAUUUCACAUAAAGAGCUGGUGAUUUUGUUGGCAUUUUUCUAUUUACUGGGGGACUGUUGGAAUUUCGAUAUAAUAUAUCAAUUGGGGAGAAGAGAGUCGAGGGAGAGUCCAAUGGAACUGACAGCUGGAAAUGCCAAUUGGGUUUGUCACUCUGUUUUUACUCACUCAGAUUAUCUGAUCUGAUACUCAAAAGUUUUCCCAAUGAAAGUAAAUUACAGGUUAUUUUUUUGGAAA